AUGGAGACCAGACCGGGAGGACAGCCGCCAGCCAGGAAAAUGGCGACUCCUACAGUGACCCAGAUGAACGCCGAGUUUGUCACUCAGUUGGCAAAAACAUAUUGGGCUCCUCAUUCAAAGAACAAGCUACCAUUUGAUCCUAAGGCGAUAGAAGAUAUUUACUCCAAAGAAAUUGUGAAGUCAAAGUUUGCAAUAAAGAAGAUAAUGCUGUUGGAGUUCAGCCAGUACCUUGAGAACUACUUGUGGGUGAAUUACUCAGCAGAGGUGUCUAGUAAAGCCUAUGUGAUGUCUAUUUGCUGUAUGGUGAAUGAAAAGUUCCGUGAAAAACGUUCCUGCUUGGGAGACUUUCAAGAAGAAGCCAGAACACUUCCCCUUCUUCUUCAAGAGUAUAAUGGAGGCAUCAGUGGCUGAAGAAUCAAAAAGUGAUUACACAUUACAAGAGCGCACAAUUCUUCUCCUUUUUCUGGAUCACUGCUUCAACAGCCUAGAGGUUGACCUAAUUCGUGGACAAAUUCAGCAGCUCAUAUCAUUGCCCAUGUGGUCCUGUCUGCAGCCGGCUCGUCUGGAGCAGGAACUAAAAAAGACCCAAAAGUUGAGGAAGUUCUGGAACCUCAUUAGGAAGAAUGAUGACAAGAUGGACCUGAAGGCACAAGAUAUGGCCAAGCAGGAAAGAAUAUUUCUGUGGAAGCUUAUUCAGAAGUUCUUGUCUGUGCUUGGAUCAAUUCAAGCAACAGGUCCUGCUUGUUUGGAAAAAAUCCACUAUUGUGAACGCUUUAUAGAACUUAUGAUUGAUUUAGAGGCUUUACUUCCCACUCGCCGGUGGUUCAACACAGUGCUCGAUGACUCUCACCUCGUUGUACACUGCUAUUUAUGCAGUCUCUGCAAAACAGAGCAAGAAGGACAUUUGUUUUCUCAGCUUCUAGACAUGUUAAAGUUCUACGCUGGCUUUGAAAUUAAUGACCAGACUGGUAAUGCACUGACAGAAAAUGAAAUGACCACCAUUCACUAUGACCGAAUCACUUCUCUACAGAGAGCAGCAUUUGCACACUUUCCAGAACUUCUUAACUUUGCACUUUCCAAUGUGGCAGCUGUGGAUACACGGGAAUCCCUUGUGAAGUUCUUUGGACCACUGGGUUCCAAUACUCUCCACCAGGUGGCAUCAUAUCUCUGCUUAUUGCCAGCUCUCUCUGAAGGAGAGGAGACCAAAUAUGACAACGAGUUUCUCUUAGAGCUCCUGGUGUCCCGACAUGAGCGUCGUAUUUCUCAGAUCCAGCAGCUGAACCAGAUGCCCUUGUAUCCCACAGAGAAGAUCAUAUGGGAUGAGAACAUAGUACCCACAGAGUACUAUUCUGGGGAAGGGUGCCUGGCUCUGCCGAAGCUCAACCUGCAGUUUCUCACCCUCCAUGAUUACCUUCUUCGCAACUUCAACCUUUUCCGCCUGGAGUCUACAUAUGAGAUUCGUCAGGACAUUGAGGAUGUUGUGUGCCGCAUGAAGCCAUGGCAAUCUGAAUCUGGUGGUGUUGUUUUUGGUGGCUGGGCACGCAUGGCUCAACCUAUAGUGGCUUUCUCGGUUGUGGAAGUUGCCAAGCCAAAUAUUGGUGAAAACUGGCCGACACGAGUAAGAGCUGACGUUACCAUCAACCUGAAUGUCAGAAACCAGAUUAAAGACGAAUGGGAAGGUCUCCGCAAACAUGAUGUGUGCUUCUUGAUCACCCUGCGACCCAUCUUACUAUAUGGAACAAAGAUUGAUCGGAGACAGUCUAUUGUGGAACAGACUGGGCUCAUGUAUGUACGAGGAUGUGAGAUUCAAGGCAUGCUGGAUGAGAAGGGGCGAGUCAUUGAAGAAGGGCCUGAACCAAAGCCUAAACUCAAAGGAGAUUCAAGAACCUUCCGAGUGUUUCUAGAUCCCAAUCAGUAUCAGCAAGACAUGACAAACACUAUUCAGAAUGGAGCUGAAGAUGUGUAUGAAACAUUCAACCUGAUCAUGAGGAGGAAACCUAAAGAAAAUAACUUCAAGGCAGUAUUGGAGACAAUCCGAAAACUGAUGAAUACAGAUUGUGUAGUGCCCGAUUGGCUACAUGACAUUAUCUUAGGAUAUGGAGAUCCAGGAAGUGCACAUUACUCAAAGAUGCCCAAUCAGAUUCCAACAUUGGAUUUUAAUGACACUUUUUUGAGUCUGGACCAUCUGAAGGCCUGUUUCCCAGGGUACCAGGUGAAAGUGACUGUGGAAGAUCCAUCUUUGCACAAAGCCCCAUUCAGGAUUACAUUUCCUGUUUAUGGUGGAAAGGGAAAGAAGAAAAAGAAGACAGUGAUGAUGAAACUGUACAAGAAGAGCCACCCACAUUAAUUGUGGAACCUCAUGUCAUCCCUAACCGUGGUCCAUACCCAUACAACCAGCCUAAACGGAAUACCAUCCAGUUCACUGCAACACAAACAGAAGCUAUUCGUGCGGGAAAUGCAACCUGGCCUGACCAUGGUUGUUGGUCCCCCUGGCACAGGCAAAACAGAUGUGGCCGUGCAGAUAAUUUCCAAUCUUUACCACAAUUUUCCAGAGCAGAGGACCCUUAUAGUCACUCAUUCUAACCAGGCCCUAAACCAGCUGUUUGAGAAGAUUAUGGCCCUAGAUAUUGACGAGAGGCACCUCCUGCGUCUGGGCCACGGUGAGGAGGAGCUGGAGACUGAGAAGGAUUUUAGCAGGUAUGGAAGAGUAAAUUAUGUGUUAGCACGGCGGCUGGAGUUGCUUAAGGAAGUUGGGCGUCUGCAGGAGAGUUUGGGGGUUCCUGGAGAUGUGUCUUAUACCUGUGAGACGGCCGGCCAUUUCUUUUUGUAUCAGAUAAUGUCACGGUGGGAGGCCUAUCUGAGCAAAGUGAAAAGCAAAUCUGCUCAAACUCCUGACACGAAUGAUAUCGCCAAGGUAUUCCCUUUCCACCAGUACUUCUCCAAUGCCCCUCAGCCUAUCUUCAAAGGCCGAACCUAUGUGGAAGAUAUGGAAAUUGCAGAAGGAUGUUUCCGUCACAUCAAGAAAAUAUUUACUCAGCUAGAAGAAUUUCGAGCUUUUGAAUUGUUGCGUAGUGGAUUGGAUCGCUCAAAAUACCUUCUUGUGAAGGAAGCCAAGAUCAUCGCCAUGACUUGCACCCAUGCAGCUCUAAAGCGCCAUGACCUAGUGGAUCUAGGAUUCAAGUACGAUAACAUCCUGAUGGAAGAAGCUGCUCAGAUUCUUGAAAUUGAGACCUUCAUCCCCCUCCUCCUGCAGAAUCCAGAGGAUGGCUUUAGUCGGUUGAAACGUUGGAUCAUGAUUGGAGACCACCACCAGCUGCCACCUGUCAUUAAGAAUAUGGCCUUUCAGAAAUACUCCAACAUGGAGCAGUCACUCUUUACUAGGUUUGUGCGGCUAGGAGUGCCAACUGUUGACCUUGAUGCCCAAGGAAGAGCCAGAGCCAGCUUGUGCAAUCUGUAUAAUUGGCGCUAUAAGAGUCUGGGGAAUCUGCCUCACGUGCAGUUGAUGCCAGAGUUUAGAACUGCCAACGCUGGCUUGCUUUAUGACUUCCAGCUUAUAAAUGUAGAUGAUUUUAAUGGAAUCGGAGAGUCUGAACCCAACCCAUACUUUUACCAGAAUCUGGCUGAAGCAGAGUAUGCAGUAGCUUUGUUUAUGUAUAUGCGUCUGCUUGGAUAUCCUGCCAAUCGGAUCAGUAUCCUAACCACAUACAAUGGACAAAAGCACUUAAUCCGUGACAUCAUCAACCAGCGCUGCGGCAACAACCAUGUUAUAGGACAGCCAAGUAAGGUCACAACCGUGGAUCGGUUCCAGGGACAACAGAAUGACUAUAUCAUCCUGUCACUUGUCAGAACCAAAGCUGUGGGUCACCUGAGGGACGUCAGGCGCUUAGUGGUAGCAAUGUCUAGAGCCCGACUUGGUCUGUACAUAUUCGCUCGAGUCUCCCUCUUCCAGAACUGCUUUGAAUUGACCCCUGCAUUCAGUCAGCUUACUGCUCGUCCACUGCGGCUGCACAUUUUACCUAGUGAAACCUUCCCAACACAGAGGAUGAAUGGUGUGAUGCCACCUUACCCAGCCCAGGCUAUCAAAAACAUGCCAGAGAUGGCUAUGUUUGUGUAUGAUAUGUAUAUGCACAUGAUGCGCACCAGUCAGCAGUACCAGUACCGCCAGGGUCUUUUGCCCCCACCCACUGCCACAAAGGGAAACAACUUUGCAGCAUCUCAUGAAGAGGAGAUGGAAGUGGAUGAGCAAAUGCCACAAGGAACUGAUGGAGGGGAGAUGGUGACACAAGCAAAUGCAACAGAAUUGCCCACUGAUACUGUGAACAGAGUAGGGGCUGGAUCAGGUAGACUUUCUGCUGAGGCUGAUAAGAUUGAGAGAGAUGAUUCCAAGAAAGAACAAGAAGUACAGAAAACAGAUGUGGAGUCCAAACACAACAUAGAAGAGAAAAAGGUAUUUUGCCCUGUAAAUAUAACUAAGACAGGAUCUGUGGAUGGGGAGCCAGUGCCCCAAACAGAGCUGAAGUCUAUGGAAACUGAAGGAGCAACUGCCCAAAUGGACAGCAGUAAUGGCGACCCUGCAGAGGAGGAUGUGGAACAUCAGAGGAUGCCGGACCAUCCUGGUAGAGACAGUGACAGUGAAUACAGUGAGAAUGAGGGGCCAGAGGACUAA